GGGCUUAUGAAAAGCAUGAUUAUUGCAUUAAUAUUGCAGAAAUAUAUUGCAGAAAAAAUAUUGGAACACAUUAGUGAGGUGAAUCAGCUGGUCGAGGCUCAGUUUGUUUAUCGACGAGUCCAGCUGAUGGACACUGCACCCACAGCAUUUCCAACAGUGUAUCCACCUUCAGUACCUUCAGAUGGGGAAGACUACCCUUACUUUCAGGACAAACCAGACAAAUAUAGCUGUAAUCAAUAUGUUAUCAAAAACAAAACUCAUUUAAUUUAUGGUGGAUAUGAGGGAAUUCCUGAAAAUUUAUUAAUUAACUUCUUAGGCUGGAUUCUGCUGCUGUGCUUGUUCACUGUACUACGAAAAAAGGCCUGGAAUUAUGGGCGUUUGGCACUCGUUCAGAAGUAUGAGAGCAGAACAAAGCAUCUUGGCUUCAGUCAGUACAAUGUGUGGACACAACUUUUCUAUGGUAAAGAAACUGACAUGGGAAAGGUUGCUGGUGAAGCAGACUCUGUCUCAUCCUUGGAAUUUAACAUGCACAUAGACAAGGGUUUGUUCUCUUGGAUUCCAGCUUUAUUUAAAAUUAAAGAUGAACAAAUUCUAGCCAAGAGUGAGAGAGAUGCUGUCAGUUACCUGUAUUUUCAGCGUCACAUUAUUGUCUACAUGAUGAUAGUGUGUGUUAUCAGCAUUGUGAUUGUCUUACCCAUCAACUUCCAAGGAACUCUAGAGGGUGGACAGAAGGAAUUUGGUCACACCACUUUAGCAAACCUUAACCCUCAAUCUCGACUCAUGUGGGUACAUGUUACUCUGGCGUUCCUAUUCUUACCACUUGGGAUUUUUUUUACUCGACGGUUCUCCAAGAAACUCGAGCUUCGUGAAGUCACAACCAGUGUUUCUCGCACCCUUAUGAUUACUCGUGUACCUCGAAGAUCAUGCCACAAAGACACAAUUUUAAAACACUUCCAAGAGGCUUAUCCUGAAAUUGAUGUACAAGAUGUUCAGUUUGCAUACAACAUUAGAUCCCUCAUCGCUUAUGAUAAAGAGAGGUAUGUGCCAGAAGUGGAUGCUAUUGAGUAUUAUACUGAGGAAGAAGCACGCUUGGCCAACCAUGUUGAAAAUGAGAAGAUUAAGGCUUUGCAGCAACCUACGGGAGUGGCAUAUGUGACUUUUGACACAAUUGAAAAUGCAAAGAAAGUAAUGCGGGAUCACAAGAACAAGUGUGAUUGUUUGAGAGUUACCCCAGUUUCUUCAGUUUCUGCUGAAUUAAAACCCCAUAACUGGAUCAUCCGAGUUGCACCAGCCCCUGAAGAUAUCUACUGGGCAAACCUUUCAGUGACAAAUCGCCAUUGGUGGCUGAAAGCAAUUAUUCUUAAUAUCAUGCUGUUUGUGGUGCUCUUUUUUCUUACAACACCUGCUGUUAUCAUCAAUGGUCUGGAUAUUAUUCUUCUCUCAGAGAAAAUCCACAGCAUGAGUCCGGUUUUGUCGGAAUUCCUGCCAACUCUGCUACUUUGGACCAUGGCUGCACUUAUGCCUGUUAUUGUGUCUUAUUCAGAUCAGUUCAUGUCUCACUGGACACGCUCUUCAGAAAACCACUCUAUCAUGAGAAAGACUUUCGUUUUCCUUCUUUUUAUGGUCAUUAUUUUGCCUUCACUUGGCCUGACCAGUAAUCUAGAGCUAUGUACAUUAUAUAUGGUGUUCAAACAUCUGGUGGAUAAGUAUAAUAUCUACUUUGCUUAUGGUCCCUCAAGAAUUAGCAGAAACAUUCACACAUCAGCUAUCAAUUUUGUGAUAGUAUCCAUCGUCUGCUUGCAGCUCAGCCUCCUAUUUUUCUCUAUUAUUCGACAAGGGUUGAAAAAGGAUAUAACUAUAUAUAGCAUUGUCUUACUUAUUAUUACAUGUCUAGUGUUUAUCACUCACAAUGCCUUCCACUGGUUCAAGGAUCUUAGCCCUGUGGAGUAUAAGAAAUUUGGUGAUGGUCAAUCAAAUGGUGAUAUAUCAGUCAGUGAUGAUGGACCCGAAGAAGAAAUUUCAACAACAGAAGUGGCAUGUAAAUUUGUGCCUCCUGUCCUUCGAGAUGCCCCCACUGGUGUUGAAUCCAGUUAUUCCUUCAUCCCCCAGCCACGGAGUUAUGGAACACGGCCUCGGGAAGAGGAUGGAUUCACAUUAGAUAAUGGCACUUUUAAGCAUGGAGAAGAUAGCCCCAAAUCCCAAGAGAGAGAACAAGAUGACCUCUACCAGGACUAUUCUCAGCCCAGGGUAACUACUGUCAGUGCUGAGAUCAAUGUUCCUCCAACAAGUCAACCUCACACAGAAGAGGAAGAGGAGACUGUAUAUACCCGAGCAUCACCCCAACAGCCUUCCCCUACUGUGAUUACUGUUGAUGGCACUGUAGCUACUGCCUCCACACCACCCGUCAUUCACAGUAACCAAAGACACUCGUACUCUGGUCUUGAUAACAGUGCCCCUGCCACUAAUGUUUAAGUUAGGAUAUAAUCUCCUUUGAUAAGUAAUUGGUUAAUUAUUUACUUACAAAGGAUUUAAUAUACUGUAUUGUAACGAAUCGCUUUUUCAGAUAUGUAGUCACUUGUUUUGUAAGUGCUUGUGAAGAUGAAGACAGAAUUUACCAAUUUUGUCUUUCAUUGUUGUAACACCCAGCAAAGGUUUGUCAGCAGUGACAGAGAUGUUCCAUUACUGAAUUGUGGAGAUAUUCUCCUGAACUGUGGAGAUGCCAAAGAGAGAGAGAGUGUGUGUGUGUGUGUGUGUUUGAACACAAGCACAAUUGAUUGGUGAUGAUGAUCAUAGUAAUAUUAAAUUAAAAAAAUGAUUUGUGAUUUUCUUUAGGUAAUUUCUUGCAAAGUAGGAAGCUGUCUGCUUAUUGCUGAUAAUGGCCAAAAUACCUUUUUAUUUUUUCUUGUGAUGCAUACUAUUUUAUGCUAUUUUAAAAAGUAAUUCAUAUUAUACGUUGCACAUUACAAUAAUAUAUUUUGUUUUAAAUUAUCGGUAUCUUUUUUUUUUUCCUUUGUGUUCAUUGUAAAUAAGUAACAAAGAUUGGCCAGAUGCAUUAAUUUUAAAUUAUGCUUACAUUUAGAAUUGGUUGGGUUUCUUAAAGUAUCAAAGUAAAAUCCUGAGUAAAUUUCUGUAUGUUGCUUAAAAAAAAAAAUAUUUGCUUAUCAUUGUAACUCCCAGAUGAGUAAGCUCUAUUGACAAUGCAAAAAAAAAUCCUAAAAAGAAUUUGAAAAAUAUUUCUAAUGGUUUGUUGGUGAGCAAACAUUCAGUAGCCUGAGGAAUUUUUUCCCUCUAUACUGUACUUUAUAAUAUAAUUAUUUCACUGUUUUGGGUGAAUACUAAUUUAUAUAUUUGGUGAUUAAAUUUGUCCUAGGGACUGUGUUCUCAAAUUUAUGGGUUUUAAAAUGCAAAUUCUCAAUGUUGUGUAAUUUUUAGUUUGUGCCACGCCUCUGCCCCACCCACAUGAACACAGGUCUUUUUAUCAUAAAUCCACCACUCAUUUCUUUUUAAGUGUAUAUGUAGCAUAACCAUUGCUAAUAUAUAUAUGGAUGAGGUAUUCUUAUGUGUAAUAGAUUUUACACUGUGUGAAAAGGAAUAUGCUACUCAAAACCUCAAGAAGAGAGAGUGCAUACCUUUUGCCUAUUGAAACUUUUAGCAUGGCAUUGAAGAUAUACAAAAUUAUAGUGUAAGUACCAUACAUUAUUCAAUUUGAGUAGCCUUUAAUGGUUUCAUUUUCAGAAAUAUUGGUAAAAAAAAAUUCCUUAAGGUAUAAUUAUAUAGUAUUUGUUUAUAUACUGUAUGUUCUGUUGAACAUACUGUGUAUUCAAAAGUAGGAAACACAUUUUAAUAUACUGUACCCGAAUUUAAGUUGAUUUCUGUAACCCAGAAGUGAUUUGCAGAAAAUUCAGAUUUCAUGUUUAUUUGUACAAAUGUAGUGUAUUGUUGUACAGUAAUCAUCAAUGCAGAAUGUGCACAAAUAGAACACAAAUAACUGCUGGUAUAAACUAUUAUAGGUCUUGGGCAAGGGGUGCUCUAUAUUUGAUCUGUUAAUACAUUUUCAAAUGUGAUUUUUUUCAACUAUUACAAUUUGCAAGUACUGUAUCAAAAAAAAAAAAAUCUAACAAAGACACAAUUCCAUUGUAAGCUUUAUAAUGUAAUGUACUCGAGAAAGCCCAGUGUAGGGUAAAACAAGCAAAUAAAGGCCUUUGCAGUUGUGUCUGUUACUCUUGGCAGCUUGCCAUUGUCUCCGCCAAAUAUUAUUUAAUUUUUAUUUACCUACUAUUUUCUAUUUCAUUGUUUUAGUUUCAAUCAAUUAGAUAUUAUCAUCAGACACAUGUGAUGUACUUAAAAAUAUAGUAUACAUUCAUGCCUUGGCAUCACUGAAUUUCCUCUUAUUAUUAAGGGGAGCUAUUUUUCUGUAUUUUUAAGGCAUUUACUGCUUCAAUUUGAAUAAGAAAAAAUAUAUAUUUUCUUAAAAUUUUCAGUGCUACAUGCUUUUUACAUAGAAAAGUGUGGGAUUCUAAAUGUUCAUAUAUGAUCCUUGACAUAUGAUAUUCUUCUUGAAAUUCAUUUCAAAACUAAUGACAAAUGCUUAAUAUCUUUUUUGUAAUGUAUCCACAACUCAAAUUUGUUUUUUGCAUUCAUUUUAAAUUACAUGUAUUUAAGAAUUUUUUCAACCUUCUGUCUUGCAUUCUGCAUGAUUUUAACACAAGAGGGUAGAUAAUCCAAUAAUUCCCACAUUUUGUAUUAUUAACCCAUAAGUAUUAAGCCAUUGCAGAUAUUUUCUUUAUUUCUUUUAUUCUAAUAAAAAUAAGAGCAUUAAGAACUUGCAAAAUUUUUAUAAUUUUAUGGUGUUUCUAAUUUAAAUCUUUGCUGAAGACUAAUACAAGAAAUAAAUUUUAAAGGUAAA